UUCUUCGUCUUUUUUAGAUAUUAGGGUUUUGAGAGAACUCUCCAUUGAAGCUGCGGCUCCUAAAAUUAACGCAUAAUCCAUGGCUCGGAUCAAAGUUCAUGAGUUGAGGGACAAAACGAAGGCUGAUUUGUUUGCUCAGUUGAAGGAUCUUAAGGCUGAGCUCGCUCUUCUCCGUGUCGCCAAAGUCACCGGCGGUGCUCCCAACAAGCUCUCCAAAAUAAAAGUGGUGAGGACAUCAAUUGCACAGGUGCUGACUGUUAUUUCACAGACACAGAAAGCAAAACUCAGGGAAGCCUACAAGAACAAGAAAUACUUACCUCUUGAUUUGCGCCCUAAGAAAACCAGAGCCAUUCGCAGGCGUUUAACCAAGCAUCAGGUUUCUUUGAAGACUGAAAGGGAGAAGAAAAAGGAGAAGUACUUCCCAUUGAGGAAAUAUGCUAUUAAGGGAUUGAAUUUUGGAGCUUGCUUUUGA